AUUCCAUAGGAUAUCGUGCAUGUGGUCAUGAUAACCCAUGUACGAACAGCACACAGCCACGCGUGCUAGACCACUUCCAGAGAACUUGCGGUUUGGAAGUCCCUUGAUAUUCCUGUAUUCCGAUUAUUUCCAAUUAUGAAGCGCAAAUCUACCAUUGAGCCCUUCUCCGCCGAUCGCCUCCUUUCGGAUCUGGAACAUAUAUCAAAUUCAAUCAAGGCACCUUACUCUCCACAAGCUGUUCAGGAAGCUCUCCGAGUCUUCGGCGAAAAUCUAUCAAAUGGAGCAAUCGCGAUACGCACGACCAACAGAGCAGGUGACCCUCUCAAUUUCUGGGCUGGAGAAUACAACCGCGCCGAUACCAUCUCACGUGCCGUGAACGCUGGUAUCGUGUCAUUUACACAUCCAACAGUACUCCUUCUCCGGUCUUGGUUCUCCAUGUAUGACAAUGAGCCUGAACCAAGUACCGAUUUCGACACAGUGUAUGGCCUGGCGAAGACUUGGAUCUACUUCAUGCGUCUUCGUCCUGUGGAAGAGGUUCUAAGUGCUGAACAUGUUCCGCAAUCGUUUCGAGAUCAUAUCGAUACAUUCAAAUCGAUCGGUGCUCGGCUUGUGUAUCAUGUUGCUGUCAACUAUCGGUCGAAUUCUGUCAAUGUGUAUUUACAGAUACCCAGUGAAUUCAACCCCAAACAAGCUACAAAGGUCGUCACUACUCUGUUGCCAGAUUGCGUUCCACCUACGGCUAUAGAGAUGGAACAAAUGGUGAAAUGCAUGAAGCCAGACAUGCCGAUUGUCUUUGCUGUCACGCUGGCAUAUCCUUCUGGAACGAUUGAGAGGAUCUGCUUUUAUGCUUUUAUGGUUCCGAAAGAGCUUGCAUUAAGCAUGGGAAUUGGAGAAAGGCUAGAAACAUUUUUGAGAGAGACGCCAUGCUACGAUGAACGGGAGGUGAUAAAUUUCGGGUGGAGUUUUGGGAGGACAGGAGAUAGGUAUUUAAAGAUUGAUACUGGGUAUUGUGGGGGGUUUUGUGAUAUACUAGGGAAGUUGAAACAUAAUUGAGGACUGUAAAGUGUGGAGAACCUUCCUAUUCACGGCACCGAAGUCCUUUCUGUCUAUUUGAUUUUCGCUACAUAUGCUCCAGAGACUGCUAAUAAACAAACAACCUUC